UUUUGCCAGAAAGGAUCUGAGAGGAACAGUAACGUUUUGUACGACUGGUGUCGGAUUAUUGACGACAGGUUCAAAGGACUCUCGCGAAAAAAAAACUGAUGGCAAAUAUUCUUGCGUCGUUAUGCGUCGCGCUUUCAUUCAUCAAAGAAGUAUCCGGAAUCAUAUGUUUUACAUGUGAUGAAGGCAGUGACUGUCGGAAACACACGGGAGAAGAAAUAUGCCCUGUGGAACCACUACUCAAGGACAGGUGCAUUGAGAUAAUGAACAACGAGAAUGGACAGGUGGCCAAAGGAUGGGCCAACAUCAAAAUGUGUCAAACAGCAGAGAAAAGUUGCAGAAAGGCCAAAGAAACAAGGACUGGGGAUUGUGACGUCACUUGUUGUACAGCUGACUUGUGUAAUGCUGGCUCAAAAGGGUCCUCCUCUCUCUGGCUUCACGCGCUCUGCUUCUUAUUUUAUGUAUUGUUCACAGACUUUCUCAAUAUUGAUAUAACAAACAAAAAAAUAUAAAAUCGACGGUAAG